GACAGGACUGGGACUAAUACAAAACACAAAGGUAAAAAUGAACUAAAUAUAGAGAAAGUGUUUGCACAGAAGUUAUUCACUAACAUGGGUGAUUCAGAAGCAGCAAAACUUCAGAAGCAUUUAAAUUUACUGCGACAAGAGUAUGUUAAGUUGCAGAAUAAAAAUUUGGAGUUAGAGCAAAAACUAUCAUUAGCUUCUGCUGCAUCUGGGGAUGUCAGUGAAGAAUCUUUUAUUUCUCAGUUAAUGCAUACUGCAAAUGACCUUUAUGACAAGGAGACAUACAGCGAUAUAACAGUUUGUUAUUCUGGAAAGAGGGUAAGAUCACACAAAGUAAUACUUACGGCACGUAGUGACUACUGGUGUGAUGGUGAGCUUGCUGAUCUUAAUGAGCUAGAAUUGACAGAUGUAAGUGUUGAAGUUGGCAAUACCUUAAUUAAGUGGGUGUACACGGACAAAGCUGACAUUCGUAAUGAUGAAAGUUUUAUUAUGGAGUUGGUAAGAGCUGCAAACAGAUACAAGCUCAGAGCUUUAAGAGGAAGAUGUGAACGUAUUCUCAUGUCAUCUGUAUCCGUUACGAACUGCAUCCGUUUCUACCAAACAGCAGAAGAUAUUGGGGCCGAUGCACUGAAAAAAUAUUGUGCAGAAAUAAUCGCAAAUCACUGGGAUGACCUGCAGACAGAAGAUUUUGUUGGAAUGAGUGCACCAUUGUUAUAUGAUAUGUUUAAAGCGAAAUCAAGUUAUCCGUUACAUUUUGCCAUUCGACACCAUCGCGAAGACGUGGUGUUUCUUUAUCUGAUUGAGUUUAAUUUACAGCUUCCAGGUAAACUUGAUGAAGUGGAGCCGCAAACUGGACUUUUACCAUUAGAAAUUGCUUUGAAUGAGAGACAAGAAAGUAUUGCUGAAACAUUAGUACAACACAAGUGUGACCUUAAUGCACCUGACUCAGAUGGACGCACAUUACUUCACAAAUCUAUUGACGUGGGAGAUGAUUAUGCAGCUAUGUUUUUAAUCAAGCAUAAUGCUGAUGUGAAGGCAGUUACAAGCAAGCAAAAUGAAACAUCUCUACAUUUAGCAGCGAAAUACCAACCACUUUCUGUAUCUUCAAAAAAUGCAGCUGGUGAUGGAAUGACCAUUGUGUCAAGACUAUUGUUGGAUCAUGGUGUAAAUAUUAAUGCAGUUGAUGUUAAUGGAAGAACUGCCAUUCAUUGUGCAGUAGCUGCUCAAAAUGAGGAUGUGUUUACAGUAUUGUUGGCUGAAAAAAGUCUUGAUCUUGAGGUGAGAGAUAACAAUGGUCACGUUGUAUUAUGGUUUGCUAUUUUAUCAAGUAAAAAAGAUCUUAGAGAAGACACAACUGAUAGUAGUUUUGCUGCUAGACUGGUUAAGCGAGGCAGUAGUAGUGAUGCUGUUAAUCAUCUAACAGGAGAUUCACUUCUGCACAUGUCAGCAGCUUCUAAAAAUGAAUCAGCAGGAUUGUUUUUGAUUGAUCAUGGAGCACAAGUUAACCACACAAAUAACAAUGGGGAAUCUCCACUUCACAUAGCAUCAAAGAAUGGACUUGUACAACUUGUUGAUAAACUUUUAAAAAGUGGAUGCAACCCUAACAUUCAAACUAUUGAAACUGAAAUCUUGAAAACACAAACAUCUGCAAGACAACUCGAAUUUUCAAAGAAGUGUAAAGAAGCUAAACAUAGAAUUAUAAUGUUAGAAAAAUCAAAGGCAAUGAAAAGAUGUAGAGAGCUAAAAGAAGCUAGAGAAAUGGAAGAAAAUAAGAAGAGAACAGUGAGCCAGCAGAAACCAGUGAAAAAACAACCAAAAGAGGAAGAAAGUAAUCCAUUUCUUGAUGAAAAUAACGCGUAUAUUGAUGUUUCGAAUCCAUUUAACAGUAACUCCAGAUCCAAUUCUGUCAAUAGUGCAUCUUUGAAUCCCUUUUCAAAUCCUGCUGAGGAUGAACCUGAAAUGAAUCCAUUUUUAGAAGAAGGUACAUCCUUUUUUGACGAAAUGCAAGCUGCUAGUUCUGCUGCUAUGGCAUUAACAUCAAACAUAUAUGACAAUCAAGAAAUUAUAAAGACAAACGGCGUAGCAUCAAAUGCUAACCAGAACAUAACUACAUUUAAUGGUCGAAUUGACGAAAAAGCUAUCCGUUCUCCAACACAAGUUGAGAAGUUUGAUUUUGAUAACAUGCAUAUUAGUAAUCUAGAUAUUGAGGAUGGUCUUCACCCUGAUGUUAUCACAGAAUGUUGGAAUCAGACACCAAUGCAUAUGGCUGUCACAGAGAAACAUAAAGCUGUUGUGAAGUGCUUUAUUGACCAGUCGAAUAAUGCCUCACGUGGUGGAAUGGGUGGAAGAAUGUUAAUAUCACCGGAUUUAAAUCUGUGUGAUAGUGCUGAUCAAACCAUAUUGUGGAUAGCUUUGUUGACGAAGCAAUAUGAAGUUGCAAAGAUGCUGAUUGAUGCUGACGCCAACAUAAAUGCUGUGACACAAGAUCAACAAACUCUUCUACAUAAAGCUAUCUCAAGAAGAGAUCUUGAAUCUUGUGUAUUUCUUCUGGAAAAUGGUGCAGAUAUUGACCAACGGAAUAAAGAAGAUAUGUCUGCAUUACAGAUGGCCAUCCACCUUCAUUUGCUAGAAGCUGUAGAAGCUUUGUGUAAGCGUGGUGUAAAUGUAAACAGUAGUGAUGCACGUGGUAAUACGCCAUUAUUGAUUGCGCUAAAAAGUAAACAAACCGAUAUCGCUAUGUCAUUGGUGAAGUACGGUGCCGACACUACAGCUUGGAACAUUGGCGUAAACAAUUGCUUAUGGUCCUUGUUACACCGUGCUAUUUAUGAGAACGACGAAGAGACUGCAUGUUUUCUCAUCAGAAACGGUUGUGAUGUGAACAGUGCGCGCAAACCGGGCACUGGAGAUCAGGGUGGUGCAGAAGCUUGGGACGGUCUUACACCACUUCACCUCUCGUGCGCAGCAGGUCAGGAUCAAGUGGUACAAUGUCUGGUAGAGAGAUCAGCUGACGUGAAUGCACAGGAUUCAGAAGGCCGCUCUCCGAUCCAUAUUGCAAUUACUACCAAGAAUCCUAUUAUUACGCAUAUUCUAUUAAGCCAUCCAGAAGUGAAUUUCUCGUUGAAAGAUCGCCUCGGCCAAACACCUUUCGUCGUGGCGAUGAACUGUCGAGAUAAUGAAGCGUCUGCAGCGAUACUUGCAAGAGAACCGUCUGCAGCAGAACAGUUCGACAACAAAGGUCGCAAUUAUCUCCAUAUGGCUGUGUCAAAUAAUGACGUCGAUAGUGUGUUGUUUCUAAUCAGUAUUGAAGUAAAUGUGAAUUCAAGAAUACAAGACGGUUCACAUAGAACACCUUUACAUCUUGCUGUGCCAACUGGAAGUGAAAUCAUUGUCAGACAUCUUAUUUUAGCUGGCGCUGAUGUCAAUGGCAUGGAUAAAAAUCGUCAAUGCCCUGUGCAAAUUGCUGCAAUUGAAGAUAAGGCCGCUAUUCUUGAAGUCUUGCUUCAAAACAAUGCUAACCCAGACUUGGUUGAUAGCAAUUUAAAUAACGCGCUUCAUUUAAGUUGCCAAUAUGGUAACAUUGCCACCGUGCGAGUGCUUUUAACAGAAUCAAAUAUUAACGCUGAAGCGUACAACGCCAAAGGACAAAACCCCUUGCAUGUGUUGGCAUCCUACAGUCGCGAAAACGCUGCCGCCAUUUUUGAUUUAUUUCGACAAACAAUGCCGAAUUAUCCGUUUGACGCCCUGGACAUGGACGAAAACACUGCUCUCUUCUUGGCGUAUACAAAUGGCGCAGUUGGAUUGUGCUGUGCUUUGUUGAAGGCUGGGGCGAGGUUGGGUACAAUGAACAAACAUGGCGUCUCUGUUUUUAAUGCGCCCGUAGCAACAAAAAAGUUGCUGUUUAGAUUGUUAGAUUUAUUGAAUUCUGAGCCAGCUUGGUCUGAUGGUCCAAAUUGUCAUGAAUGUGGACAAAAAUUUAACGUUACUACACGAAAACAUCACUGUCGCCACUGCGGACGUUUGUUAUGUUCAAAAUGUUCUCAGCAACAGAUGCCAAUCCUGAAAUACGAACUUUCAAAACCAGUCCGCGUGUGUGGGGUUUGUUUUGAUUUUCUAACGUCUGGUGUGCAGGGACAGUGAAAAUGGUGGAGGUACAAUACCAAUCUGAAAAAGAUAAAAAGUCGUUCAGAAUACCAUGGUGCGAUUUUUACAAUCUAUUUCUCUCCUAACAAGAAUUCGACCAAAUUUCUUUCUUUAGACUAAUUUAACGAUCUUUUUUCCCCAUGGUGCAACCGGACAUAUUCUCUUCAAAACCAAAUCAACCAGACAUAUUCUCUUCGAAAAAUCAGCCGGACAUAUUCUUCACAAAGCCAAUUUCACCACACAUGUCAUAAAAAACUAAAUUAACCGGACGCUUUUCCAUUAAAACUAAGCGUACCGGAUUCUGUUUAAAACUAUUUAACCGGGGAUAUACUCCCUAAAACCAAUUCCAUUAAAUUUAUUUGUUAUGUAGCGAAUAUUGUUUUUGUAAGAAUCAUCCUGUACAUUAAUAACUGAUUUUUAUAAAUUUUAUUUUGCCAAGAAACACCUGUGUUAAUUUC